AUGGACAAGGAAGCUUUAAGGAUUCGCUCAUUGCGUACAUCAGCAUUUGUGGCGACAGUACUCGCAACUGGUGCUCUGACCACAUGCACUGUUGUUUAUCCUUUAAUCUUCGGUUAUAUUCAGUCCUUUGAAAGUAAUAUCCAGUCAGAUAUUGAACUGUGCAGGUUAAAAACUCGAGCAACUCGGAAAGAGCUCCUUGAGCUGCACUCACGAUUUGAAAAACCGCUACCACCUCGCCUGACUCGUGAUGCACCAGUCAUAGGCGAAUCAGUCAAAAGUAUAGACAGUUCUGUAGCAGAAAGCCAACCGACCCAAAAAAGCAAAUGUUGCACCUGCCAAAGAGGACCUCCAGGACCACCUGGAGAGCCAGGAACAGACGGAGUUCCAGGAAUGCCCGGUCGUCUUGGUGACAUAGGAGAGCCAGGACAACAAGCACCAAUGCCCCCUGACGCCUACAAAAGGUUCCCCGAACAAUGUCCGUGCGAAGCUCCACCAGGAGCCCAAGGUCCUAAAGGCCAUCUAGGACCCCCAGGACCUCCUGGUAGCAGAGGUUCACCAGGUGCAAAAGGCAUAUCUGGUAGACAAGGACUACAAGGACCAAAAGGACCACCUGGAAGACCAGGAAGAAAAGGACCUAAAGGACCACCUGGACAGCGAGGGCAAGUCAAAGACGCCGGCGAAGGUCCACCAGGACCGCCAGGACCACCAGGGAAAAACGGGCCGCCUGGAGCCAGAGGCCCCUUAGGACUCCCUGGUUCAAAUGGGCAACCUGGACAGCCAGGAGAUGACGGAACCAAAGGAGAACCGGGAAGACCUGGAGAACCAGGAGCACCGGGAGAAGCUGGAGAACCAGGUAAAGACGGUCCGCGAGGAACUUGUGACCACUGCCCCCCACCUAGACUGGCAGCGGGGUAUUGA